GAUAGAUUUUUAAACGAGAGAAAAGACCCAAAUAUGACUUAAAUAAAAUUUGCGACAGAAAUUUAUGUUAGGAGUACGAUUUGUUGAUAUACUGGACUCAAGAUGGCUACACAGUUCAUGCCACAUUAUGAUGCCCAUGCUGCUGCAGGACCACAGUCCAGCCACAAAGUGGGUCACCAAGCGGCUUUUGCGCACAGAAAUACAAAUGGUCGUAGUUUUGCAUUUCGGAAGAGAUAUGAGAGGAUAGACUGGAGGAGGAUAGCAUCAGUCGAUGUGGAUCAAGUUGCGAGAACACUGGAUUUUAAUGCUCUACAAGACAACAUUAUGAAUUUGACAUUUUGCAACAUAGAAGCUGAACUGGAUGUGAGAAUGGUCGACCCAAAUUUCAUCAAACUCUUCAAAUUGGCCCAGUUAACAAUUGAGUAUUUACUGCAUUCCCAGGAAUAUAUGACUGGAGUUGUCUCCAACAUGGAGGAGAAAAUCAAGAAAGAAGAAGAGGAUCAUGCAGAAACUAAAGCACAGCUGGAGAAGGUUAAGAAGGAACUGGCAGACACUAAGAAAGAAAGUCACAAGAGAAAAAAGCUACUCAUGGCACAACAACAACUUAUCCAUGCAGGAUCUGGUAGUUAUAAUAAGUGUCCCUUUUGUCCAAAAGCUUUUCUCAACUCAUCUUUUCUUCAAUCCCACAUCAACCGACGCCAUAACGACUUCUCUGGGAAAGCAGCAUCUGUUGCCGUGGGAGCAGAGCAGAGCACAGGGCAGAUUCCAAUGGUUGCAAAGGAAACCAAAGAAGUAUUCCAGCAGUUCCAAGUUCAACCGGAACAAGUUAAGACAGUUCAUGAAGUUUCAGCUCCAAAAUCACCAGACACCACAGCAAAGAUGGAGGUUAUAAGAGUUCAAGAGGAAGAUAAGAAAGAAAUUGAGAAGGUCAAGGAAAUGUUUAUGAGAGAAUUACGAGAAAUGAAUGAAAAAUACCAGUCCUCAGAGCGUGCCAUGAUGGAGAUGGAACAGCGCUAUAGCAAAAGGUCAAAUCUCGGCGACCUUCAGGAUGACAUUGACAAUGAGAGGGAGUUGCUACGGCAACAGAAAGAGGAAGUAGCCAUGUUGAAGGAGCAGCUGGAGAACCAGUUAAGAAAUGCCAGUUUAGAAUCAUCUACCAGGACUUCUGAGAGAGACAGGUCUAGAAGACGAAAACCAGCUCCUGCACGUGUAAGGCAAGAAGUGCACGUACAAAAACCUGUAGAGGAAGAAAUUGAGGAAAUGUUGGCUGAUGCUGGUGCAGCGGCAUCUCCGGAGAGAACAACACCACGUGGUGGUCAACCCAGUGGUGUGGAGGUCCCCACUAAGUUACAGAUGGAACCCAGUGAUGACGAUGAUGAAGAUACAGAGCUGAAAUCUGGACGAGGAACAGGCACGGGGAGUUUUGGUCGGGAAUCUAUGCAUAGCACCAUGGAUUCUUUCAGAAGUGGAGAACUAACAUUGAGGACCACACAGUUCCUCGAGGAGCUGAGGAAGAACCCCACAUUGAAACUGAUGAGGGACGAGCUCAUCUCACUGUUACAGGACAGCCUGGACAAAAUAGGAAUUCCUCCGGAAACAAGAGGCAUUCCUGAUGAUUUGUUGAUCAGCAAACUAGCAUUACUGAAACAGAGGAGGCAGACCACAGUGCAGAAAUAUCCCAUCUUCACAGAGUUCAGAAAGCAGUGUAAUGCCCAUGCUGAUCAGUUGGCUAGAGAGAGACUGAGGGAACAAAAAAGAUCACCCCCUCCCUCCUCAGGUAGCAGAGCAGGAAUUCCUCCCCGUGCUGUAACUAACACCAGUAUGAUGGCCUCAGGAACCUCUAGUCCAGUCAGGUCUGCCCAGCAGUCUCCAGUUCGCCAAUCCCCAGCCCCAGUUUACAGGCAGCCUGCAGCUUCCUCACCCCAGAGACCAACACCAGCUUCCACUGGUCAGGGUAGGGUACCCCAGCCCCAAACACAGCCGCCUAGAGCAGCACCGUCGCAGCAGCAACCAAAGCCAGCACCUCGUAGUCCUCAGAGGACGCCUCACUCCACAGGUUCUAGUUUAGAGUGGACCAGCACACAGUGGGAGUCUGGGGAGGAUGAAGAAUCAGAAGAGGAGGAGGAGGAGCCCCCAGCAUUUGAGCAUGUCAGAGUGAUAAAGUCUGGGCCCGCGGGGAGGGGGAGGGGAAUCCCUGCCCCUCGGACACAGCCCACACCUAUGACUAGACAACCUGUACAGGUUACCUCUGGGAAAGCUCAAGAUGAUGAUGAUGAUGGAUGGGAUUCAGAUGAUAUCAGUGACCUGGAGGAGGAGAUAUUACCUGGUAAGUCCAGUACAGCACCCACACCUAUGAGAGUCCAGUCCUCACCAGCUAGAAAUCCUGGCCUGGCCACCUCACCGGCCAGAGGGGGACCAGUUGUAGUACAACCCAAAGGUCAAAAGGUCGCAGAACUCUCACGAACCAUAGAAAUGCAGCUGGCUGGUCGCAAAGAAAAGAAACUAGCAGGGGCAGUGGAUAUGAUGGGAGGAAAAAAAGAAAAAGAUGUCCUGGAUGACUUUUCUGACAGUGACUGGGAUGUUUCUCCAGUUGAGGAAGAUCCCCCCGCUUCCACAGCUCCAAAGAAGGCUACAGUUCAAGUCAGGGGUAGCCAUGCUUCUGAUACUACUAAUACCUAUGGUACUAGUGUCUGGGGGUCAUCUUCUAAAGGAGCCAGUACGGUGCCGGCAGCAGGUACACAGGGAGGUCGGGCAUCUAGGGGGUCAUUUGUCAGUGUCACAGAUGUCAGCUCAGAUGAGGAACUGGAUCUUGACAACAUUUAGUGUUCUCUGUCUUAUUUAUACCCAAUCUAAUGAAAAAUAAAACAGUCAAUAGGAUGGUUAUAUAUCUUGAAGAACUGAACGUACAUGUAACUGGUUUGGUGCUCAUACACUCUCCAACUUAGUUUGGAAAUAUGGUACUAAAUAGCAUAAACAGGGCUGUAGGUUUAAUAGAUAAACUAUUGAUGUUGGAUUUUUGCCAGUCUAGUAACUAUUUAUCAUACUGUAGUUGUUAAAAAAAGCCACUUUUCCCUUUACUGUAGUUGUUAAAAAAAUUUUUAAUAAGUACAAUGUACUUGUAAAAUGUGAUGUUUAUGUAUUUUAAAUCUGAUCUUAAGUGAAAUACUGUACAUAUCAUAUAUUUUAUGCAAAAUACUUAAAUUCUUUUGAGAUUCUUUAUAAUUCCCUCCAGAUACAUAUAUAUUU